AUGCCAACAGACGCCCUCCUUCGCCCAGCCGCACUUCACCAGUUCGCCUCAAACUCGCAGUACGACCAGCGCAUGUCGCCCUCGGCCCGCGAGCGCUGGUCCCCUUCCUCCAGCGACAGCGGUGACGACGAGUCCACCGAAGCUCAGGACGACGCCGACGAGCUUAACAACGCUCCUCCCUCCGCCCCAGCACCUGCACCGGCUGCUGCUGCUGCCGCUACCCGCCCCUCAUCAUUGUCGGCGGCCUCCCCCCUUCGCGCCUUCCGCCAGCCCUCGCCGCCUCGCUCCUCGCCCCUGUCUCCCCUCGCAGGGGGCGUGCCCCGCCAACAGCCCCGCGUCCGUCUUUCCCCCCUCGCACCCAUGGGCUCUGGUGCCGCACCAUCGCCGUCAUCGCCCCGCCCUCAGCUCAACCUCCCCAAGGGCCAGCCUCUUGCGCGUUCGCUCCUCAACCGCGCCGUCACCUCUGCCUCGGCCCCUCAGCGGCCGAAGAAGACGACAAAGCUCCUCGUGGCUACCAAGCCCAUGCGGACAACCUUUGAGCUCUCCCUCAGCGCCGACGAGCUCGCUCGCAAGAUCUAG